GUCUUGCCUAGACAUACAUGUGUUUACUUGUGGCAAAUCUGUGAACAAAAUACUGAUUUCAGAAUGCUGGUAAGUCUGUGGGGAAUUACUUUAAGUUUGGUAUUGUGGUAGCUGUACAUAAAUUGUUUAUAAAACGGUAUUUGUUUAGUUUUUUUACGCAACUCUUGGGUCACUUGCCCGAACUAGUUGAUAUUCAUCAGGUCGUUUAAAUACUUUAAUAGCGGUCUGUUUGUUAGUUAGUCACAAGGGAGUCAUGGAGCCCACUUAAGAUCGAGCUCUUUGAGGUGAAUGAAGUGGUAGUUUUUAGCUUUGAACCAUCAAAGCAAGGCUGGGGUUCUGAUUAACAGUGUUGUCUUAGACAGCUGUGUUUUGCCGUAUAUCCUUCAAGAGUGCGUUUGUGUAUACUGUGCUCGUUAUAAAAGUAAUUAUCUUUAUUCAAGCGUUCAAUAACAAGAUCUUUGAACGGAUUUAGGUAAAUAUCUCAAUAUCUUUUAAACGUUUUAUUGAGUCUUCAUGUUGGCUAACGGGGAGUAACGGCGUUGAUAUCUAUGUGUAUUUGCAAUGAUACUCUAUAGCCUACGUGUAAUUAUAACUCUGUGAAGAUUAAUCGACUAAUAUAUAUAAUCAAUUCAUUAUAAUAUUGUCAAAGGGAAAUGGUUUUAAUUCUAUGUUAUGCUUAUUGUGUGUGUAUUGACUAGUGUGCUUGCUUUUGUCUAAGCUGAAAUCAUUUUGACAGGCAUUCAUUCUAGCAUGCAUGGUGUCAGUUUAAUUUUAGACAUUAAAAGAUGUUGGUCUUCUGCACUCUUCAGAAAUGUCAAAACUUUUAUAAGAAGGCUUGCUAACCGUGUUAUUCAUUGGCCACCAAACAUAAAAUGAAAAGAAUUAACAUCAUUUUCUCAUGUACUUUGAUAUAAUUACGGGUUGUCCACAGUCUGCUGUGCUGUAGCUCAAUAUGUAUUUGCGUAUAUGGUUAAAUUACUUUUCUGGUUAGGCUAUUUGAAAACAAAACUCAAAUCUUGGAUUUACGAGAUGAUAAUAUUCGGAGCACGUAUAUGUUCUUAUAUUUCGUGAAAUUGGCAAAGGAUUAUAUAGCUUUUAGUCUCGUGGUGGUUGCUUCGUUUGGGCAUGACGAAAUAUAAAAGCGGUUGUCUGGGACGGAAAGGGUUUAGCAUUUAAUAUCCUGACGAAAAUUCUAGCAAUCCGUUAAGUGUUGACCCCAAUUAGAUUACAAGAGUUUUGUUGGUAUGGUUAAUUAAGGGCAUUUUAUACACGAGGCUAUAUUUGCUGUCACUUGCAACAAAAUUUCUGACACAUAGAGCCAUGUUAUCAAAGAAGUAGCGUCAGUGGAAUUGGGCAUGGCCAUGUACGGUUUAUUCUGCGGAAUUUUUCAUCAUAUUUCUUUAAUUUAUCAUUCUUUAAGAGGAUGCUAUUCAAAGAAAACUCAGCAAAGUAGAAUACGGGCCUUGCUCAAAUGUUUUUAAGAUUUAAUACUUGUACACAACAUGUCUCAGAAAUUGUACUGAAGGGUGGCAAAAAAUGUCUCGUAUGACACUGCCUUCAAACCUUAUUAGACAGUGGAAUUCAGCCACUACCAAGGAACCAGAAAACGUACGGAGAAUAUGUCUCCCUCCCGUAAAACUGUAGCCAAAGUUACGAAACGACCUGUUAAGAUAUUUGACACAUUUUCUCCAAAGGGCUCUUGGAGUCUUGGACAUAUUUGAAGUAGUUUUAAUCCCCAGCUUCGCGUUGAUGGACAAUGCUUUUAAGACUGCAAUUGAUCAAUUAGUGAAUGAUUAACUUUAAUUGACCGACGUAUCUCUUGCGCGAAACAUGGCGAAAUUAUUAGAAACAUCAUUUCACACUUGCUGGCGUAAUGGUAAUGAGAUAAUUACUUCCAAAAUUGCGCACAAUGAAAACGGUUUGACCACCAAGUUUUAGCGCUGUGUACGUAAGUUAACUUUUAGAUUUAGCGGUUUCUCACGCUAUAUAGUUCUAAGCCAGGAAAUAUGUGCUAGUACUUUCUUUAUAAGGGCUGUGCAUUUCUGCACCGGGAUAUAAACUUCAUGUGCGCUUGCUAUAUAUCAAACAUGACAGUAAGGCCAUUGGGGCAAAAGUGCAAUAACCAGUAUACAGUCUAUUUCAAUGCCAUUGAUUGCUUGUUAACCUUUUAACAAGUGAUUUGUCAUUUGAUUAGCAUACGGUGCGAUGUACGACAGGUUUGCAAAUAAGGAGCCGUUGUUAAAACAAAGCCAUCAACAGUUUAUUUAAUCCACAGCAAAUCAAGGUUAAGAUAUUUGUGGAAGGAAUUCGUUGAAUUUUAGUUGGUUUCGUUUUCUCUAGGUCAAUAAGAGUGAGUGUUUUGUUUGCAAGUAUCGAGCGUACGAGAAAGAAUGUUGGCCACAGAAGGCGGCUGCCAAGGUAAACACGCACAAAGUAUUUUAUUCUGUCUGAAAUGUCAUAACCAAUGUUAUCUCGAGCAGUUCUCACUAAGGGCCUGUUUACAUGGAGGUAGGGUGACCCUAGCAGAAGGGUUACCCUAGCAAGCGGGUUACCCUACUUCAAUAUGUUUUAUAGGAAGCGUUUACAUGCGCGCUAGGGUUACCCUAGGGGUAGGGUUACCCUAUCAAACAGAUAGGGUGACCCUAGCAGCAGGGCUAUCUUUUUGUUUACAUAAGCCAUGUAAACGCGUCAGGUAGGGUUACCCUAGCAAGCGGGUCAUGUUUUAUACGUCCUACUGUGACAGACAAACAAGGAUGGCGUCGCUAGAUUAUACAUAUGAACAUAUCAGCCUGGCGAGUAUUUUAAACGACACCAGAAAAUAAAAAGGAUAAGCAAUUUACAAAUAAGGAAGCAGAUGCAUAGAACGAAGCUUUGGCUUUGGACGAGAACGCUGCGAAUGAUGUAGUUUCGAUAACAAAUUGUCAAAGACGGCGAAAAGGAACCAAAAUCCGGCGCAUCCUCAUCGACGUCAAAAAAACAAAAUAAAUGCUCUUGGUCAGCCGAAUAUGUCGAAAAACUGUUGUGUUGGACUAUAUCAAGGAAUACAUUGCGCUUAUUUACGCAAUGCGAGUAAUAGACCACAACAUUGAAAUAAUAGACCACGACAUUGAAGUAACAGACCACAACAUUGAAAUGCAGCAUUACACAACUUGCCGCUAAAACUUUGCGUUUCGGCGCCCUUUAUCUAAUACAGACCGCUUAGCGACCACGCAUAGGUAGGGUUACCCUAUCGGGCAACAUAGCCCUAGCAGUAGGGUCACCCUACCUCAUGUAAACGCACACUAUUUUCUGACCCGCUUGCUAGGGUAACCCUCCUGAUAGGGUCACCCUACCUCCAUGUAAACAGGCCCUAACGCUGCUGCAUUUGCACAACAAAACCUAACAUAACGAUGGUGUCAUCUAGCCACGAUCGAAUUGUUGGAAUGUUCCAUUGUCUUUUCAUUGUUCUGAAAAUCCCACUGUUCUCCAUAACAUCCAGUCACAAUCCAGCCGAUCAGAAUGUUCCAUUGUUCUCCAUCGUUCUGAAAAUCUCACUGUUCUCCUUGCCAUUCAGUCACGAUCGAGUGAUCCGAAUGUUGCAUUGUCUUUUCAUUGUUUUGAAAAUCUCACUGUUCUCCAUGCCAUCCAAUCAUGAUCCAGUAACCAAAAUGUUCCAUUGUCUUUUCAUUGGUUUGAAAAUAUCACUGUUCUCCAUGCCAUCCACUGUGAACAUGUAAUUCAUAAACAUAGUUUUUCCUCAUUAUUUCAGAGCUUGUAAUAAGGCCGAGUUUGGACAAACCAACCACAUUUCAAAAAGCUGCUGCACGAAUUACGCUAAUAUCAGUGAUAUCUCGACAAGUCAAUACCAAGUCCCCUGUUCUAAGAAACGACAGUGUUCCAAUAAGAAUUACAGAAAUUCCAGAAUUCCAAGUUCCAGAAAUUUCUAUAAUGAGUUCUGCGAAUAUCCUUCCGACUCGACGCGAUGGACAUUUGCCCAGUGUCACCGAGGGAUCGAACGAAAGCAUAGAGGAUAAAAGUGGUGUAGGUAAGGGGUAUAACGGAAUAAAUGGUGAUGCUGUUGAAGGGGUAGAAGAUGGUAAAAGUGGUGAAAGACAUUCCGUGAAAGAUUCCAAACUUUCCAAGAAAGUUGUGAACGGCCAGGAGAAACAACCCAAUCCAUUUGAUUACAUGAAGGAAAGGAAGUUAUCGGAGCCCGUUUUGAGUCCCAGGUAAGAACCUGAAUAUAGUUGGCAACAAAGUUGUAAGUGUGUCAGGCUGGUGAAGGUUGUCACUAAAGCCUUGGAAAAACAAGGAUGAUAGUUGAUGAGAGUUGCAACUCGUCUCAUUAAAAAACGUCUCAUUAAAAUUUGAACCAGCUCAAAAUUGACGAGAGAUCGGCCAUGGUGGUCAAACGUGAACGAAGGUGUUCUUGACGUUAUUGGUCACAAUAUACAAUAGGAUUAACCCCAAGCGCAAAUGUGCGAGGCCCUAGAAACCGCGGGCGGCAUUUGAUGAAAGCCAAACAUAUAAACAACAUUUUUUUCAGGAAAAGGACAAGUGUGGUGACACCAAAAUUAACAAGAUGUCGUAGUACGGUGGACCUACGCGACAACGGUAUGUCUCGUAAUACUGCAUUUUUUACUAGACCUUCGUCGUAAUACGAGAGCAGUCUUGCAUAUGUAAUUGUCGAGUGAUCAGUAAUCCAAGUGAGACUUGCUUUAUUUAUACUGGAUAGCUAUAUCAGUUCUAAACUAUUCUCAGGGUCAUCUCUUGUUGAUCCAGUGUUACUAGUUACUACAGGAGGAAACUAACUUCAUUUAUACUGGAUAGCUCUAUCAGUUCUAAACUGUUUCCUCUAGAGGUCCAGUAAGGAUCAUCUCUUAUUGAUCCAGUGUUACUACAGAAGGAAACCUAAACUAAACUAACUUUAUUUAUACUGGAUAGCUCUAUCAGUUCUAAACUGUUCUUCCUAGAGGUCCAGUAAGGAUCAUCUCUUAUUGAUCAAGUGUUACUACAGGAGGAAACCUAAACUAAACUAACUUUAUUUAUACUGGAUAGCUCUAUCAGUUCUAAACUGUUCUCCCUAGAGGUCCAGUAAGGAUCAUCUCUUAUUGAUCCAGUGUUACUACAAGAGGAAACCUAAACUAAACUAACUCUAUUUAUACUGUAUAGCUCUAUCAGUGAAAUAUUCCUUUUAUCGCAGAAAAACCGUUGGUACUGAAGGAACUCGGUGGAUAUAAAUUCUAUGCAAAACCAAGCGACAAGAUUGAAACCUCCUCAAACGAAAAAACCCACAACAGAAUUGAUGAAAACACAAACACAAAUGAAGUCCCUGCCUUGAAGAAAACCAUUACAGAACAGAAAGAAAAUAUCACUAACAGAGAAAAACAUGUACUUCAUUUGGAGAAGAAGCUCGCGCUAUUGGAACACGAAAAUUCCAAGAAUAAAAAACAAGUUUCAUCUUUCCGUGAAAAACUGAAAGAUUGCUCUGGCACCGUGGAUUACUUGCGACGAGAGAAAGAGGUCUUAGCGUCAGAACGCGACCGUUUGAGUUUCACUUUAUUAACAAGUGAACACGAAUUAAAAGAGUUACGCUCGCAAAAUAUCAACCUCGUCACGGAAUACGAGAGUGCUGAGCACAGUAGAAAAAUUGCCGUCAGUCAUCUGCAAGAGGUCGAACGGGUUUGUCACGAAUCGCAUCAGGAAAAACCGGACCAUACUGGGAAACGGAAAGUUGAGAAUUCUAGUAGAAAUUCCAAGAAAAAUUCGGAGAAAUUAAUCGCGCAAUUGAAUUCUAUGAAAGAAGCGGUACGAAAACUUCGCCUCGACCGAGAAGCGUUACAAAACGAACAGAAUAAAGUGAGCUCGUUUUUCGCAGAAAAUUUGAAGAAUUUACUUGACCAAGUGCAAGAUAACAAAUCCCAGCGGAAAAAGGUACCGGGGAAUAAUCUCCACGCAAUCCCGGAGGAUGGGCCACACGAAGUAACACCCUCGGAACAAGUGACCCUAAACGUGGACGUUUUCCUGGAGUCCGAAGACCCGACGGUUGAUUCCGAAGAUGUGAGCAACCUUGAUGGCUUUAAAAAGAAACUGAAAUCCAACGAACAAUGUAUAGACGAGUUAGCCAAUCAGAUUCGAGAUUUAGAAAACCGGAAGAAAGAUUUACUGGAAACGCGUUUCGCGAUGAUCCAAGAAUUUCAAGCUGGCCGCGGCGUUCUAGGAGACUGGGAAGCAGAUAUGUCUGGCAAUGAUACGGAGGAUAAAGUUGAGAGUGAAACGGAAGGUAAAAAUGAUUUUCAUAUGAAAUUAGUUGCACGAACUUCGACGUCUUCAGCUAGAUCUCGCAAUCGGCAGCUUUCUUGUGAAACCUACACACGUAAAAACGCACAAGUUGUUACAGGUCUGCAAACAAGUUGUUACAAAUCUGUUCACAAGCUGUCGACAAGUUGUGUUCGCACUGCUUGUUCCCAGUUGUUGCAACAAGUUUGGAACAAGCUGUUAACAAUUUGUAACAAGCUUGUUUGAUAUCAGACUUGUUGCAAGGUUGUUCCAACAAGUCCGUUACAGUCAUGAUCAACCGUCAACCUUGUAACAUUCUUGUUAUAUCAUGACUGUAUCAGGCUUGUUAGAACAACCUUGUAACAAGUCUGAUAAUGGCACCAAGCUUGUUACAAGUUCUUAACAGCUUGUAACAAGCUUGUUGAUAUUAUCAGACUUGUUGCAAGGUUGUUCCAACAAGUCCGAUACAGUCAUGAUAUAACAAUAUUGUUACAACCUUGUGUCGUCAAUCUUGUAACAUUCUUGUUAUAUCAUGACUGUAUCAGACUUGUUAGAACAACCUUGUAACAAGUCUGAUAAUGCUGCCACCAAGCUUGUUACAUAGAGAAUAAUACAUGGGUGCGCCGGACCUGUUACAAGAUGUGAGAUUUUUGCGUGUGUACUCGUUGGAAGGUUUUCUAGUUUUGGUAAGCAUUAUCAUGCAGUACACACGUAAAAACGCACAAGUUGUAACAAACCUGCAGCAGACAUGUAGCAAUGCUGUUCCAACAACUUAUCAACAGGAUGUGUUCGCACUGCUUGUUCCCAGCUUGUUGACAACUUGCCACAAGGUUGUUGAGCUCAACAGACUUGUUUCAAGUUGUUCCAACAACUUGUUAUCGUCCUGCAAUUCAACAAUUUGUCAACAAGUUGUGAGUGACAACCUUGUAGCAACUUGAUAAAAUAACAGCGUUGUUACAACUUGUUAACUAGCUUGCUACAAGCCUGUUACGAACAAAUCUUGUUGACAAGCUUGCUACAAGCCUGUUGCGAACAUAUCUUGUUGACAAGCUUGUUACAAGUCUGUUGCGAGCACAUCUUGUUGACAAGCUUGCUACAAGCCUGUUGUGAACACAUCUUGUUGACAAGCUUGUUACAAGCCUGUUGCGAACAUAUCUUGUUGACAAGCUUGCUACAAGCCUGUUGCGAACAUAUCUUGUUGACAAGCUUGCUACAAGCCUGUUGUGAACACAUCUUGUUGACAAGCUUGUUACAAGCCUGUUGCGAACACAUCUUGUUGACAAGCUUGUUACAAGCCUGUUGCGAACACAUCUUGUUGACAAGCUUGUUACAAGCCUGUUGCGAACAUAUCUUGUUGACAAGCUUGCUACAAGCCUGUUGCGAACACAUCUUGUUGACAAGUUUGUUACAAGCCUGUUGCGAACACAUCUUGUUGACAAGUUUGCUACAAGCCUGUUGCGAACACAUCGUGUUGACAAGUUUGUUACAAGCCUGUUGCGAACACAUCUUGUUGACAAGCUUGCUACAAGCCUGUUGCAAACACAUCUUGUUGACAAGCUUGCUACAAGCCUGUUGCGAACACAUCUUGUUGACAAGUUUGCUACAAGCCUGUUGCGAACACAAGAUGUUGGCAAGCUUGUUACAAGCCUGUUGCGAACACAUCUUGUUGACAAGCUUGUUACAAGCCUGUUGCGAACACAUCUUGUUGACAAGUUUGCUACAAGCCUGUUGCGAACACAUCUUGUUGACAAGUUUGCUACAAGCCUGUUGCGAACACAAGAUGUUGGCAAGCUUGUUACAAGCCUGUUGCGAACACAUCUUGUUGACAAGCUUGUUACAAGCCUGUUGCGAACACAUCUUGUUGACAAGCUUGCUACAAACCUGUUGCGAACACAAGAUGUUGGCAAGCUUGUUACAAGCCUGUUGCGAACACAUCUCGUUGACAAGCUUGCUACAAGCCUGUUGCGAACACAUCUUGUUGACAAGCUUGCUACAAGCUUGUUGCGAACACAUCUCGUUGACAAGUUGUGAGAUUUUUAUGUGUGUAGAUGGUGGUCAACCUGCACGUAUUGUAUUUGGUGCAUUUAGGAGAUGCAGUGUAAUUUACUUCCAUCAUCAUCUUUGCCACCAUCUGCAGUCUUGCAACGCUUGCUAAAAAACACAAAUAUAUAUUAUACUCCAGGUGGUGAUCGGAAUCGGUCGCGAGUUACGAAGAAGAUCCGAAAGCUCGAGCGAACUCUCUCUAUGGAUCACGGAGUGGGCAAACUUGACUGCAUCCAGAAACUGUGCAAGAAUCUGGAGGACUGUGAACAACGCAUUCACGAGCUCGAGGCGACCAAUUCCGAGCUCCGAGCCGAACACGAAGACAUGGAGGAAGAAGCGAAGUAUUUAAAAUACGUUCUCUCGUAUCGCGGUGACGUCAUGAAGGCACAACUCCAGAAUGAAUACGAAACCAAGAUGGCAGCCUUGAAAGAUGAACUCGCGAAGUCGAAGCGUUCUGAGACGUCGCGUUCCGAUGUCGUCGCACUCACGAAACGAAACCGCACCCUUGAGGAAGAGGUAAUGAAUGUAUUCACAUUUAUAGCAACUAGCAAGCAAGUUAUGCUAUAUGUUUCCAUUACAUAUAUUUGCCACCAAACACAAGGACAAUACUUAAAGUGGACAGUUUUGUUACUCUGAGAACUGUCUCUCAUAUGCGUGAAAAGCAACUUUGGCAAAAAAAGUCCAAGCUUUAGAGGUCGCGCGUUGGACUUACUGUCCAUCAAGUUGUCUAAUAUAAUAGUUGACACCCUAUAAAUUCAAAUUGCAUUUUUGUGCGCAAGCCAUUUUUAAAGUGGUUUAUAAAAAUAACACCCCCCCCGCCCUCCGCACUGUUCAGAAUAAUUUCAGUGGUACAGAUACUAGCAGUCCCCUAACUACCCAUGCUUUCAUAAAGUUUUCACAGGUUUUGCGGAAUUUGCAGUUUAGCGAACAUUUUCUAACUCUGCAGGUUUUUUAUCCACCCUGUUUAAUUUAACGAUAAUUUGAAAAUCUCCACAGGUUCAGCGUCUUCAUGAGGAACUCAACACGUUACUUCAAAACCUGCCCGCCUUGCAAGCUGUUCAGCGGUCGUCUUCAAGAAGUAGCGAAUACGAGAAUUCUACAGUCGAUGUUUCUACGAACUUUGCUGACGUUUCCUCGAAUUUAGACAAUUCUAAAAACGGAAAAGAUAUUUCAGGGAAUGCUGAUAGUCUUUCUAAGAAUAUUAUCCAAGGUUAUCAGUGUACCACAGCUGAAUCUGAAAAUGAUCUUUCUAGUGUAAACUCUCAUAAUAAUUCUCGUAAUGAUGCUGAUAAUUCUCAGAAUCUUAGUGGCGAGGCCGUGCGAUGCCUGGAGGAGAAAGUCGCUCAACUUAUGGAAGAAAAACGCGUGCUCUUAUUGAGUAUGCAAACACUAACCAGCCAGUGGACCUCGCGUGAAAACUGCUCAGAAAACGAUAGCUCAUUCUCACAAAACAUGACUGUACUGGAGAGAAAUUUGCGUGAGGUGGAACAAGAGAAUGUGUGCUUGUGCGAAACGUUACAACGCAUCCGUAACGUUCUCGAGGAGGAAGGUAAACACGAAAACAACAAUGAACAAGAAGACAAGAUCUUGAAACUCAAAGAUGAAAUACAACGUCUCGACGGAAAAGUUGAAGCUAGUAAGUCGAGAAGUUCAACGUCCGAAGAAAACAAGACGAACGCCGGCUGUACGAGACAUGAAGAACGAAUCUCGGAACUUGAGAUGGAGAUCUACCGUUUGCAUGAGGAAAAGAAAUCAUUGCUGUCUUCUAUUGUCCGCUUACAAACUGAUCCUAACUUUACUUUGAGUGAUGACGUCAAUGACAGCGACGUCAUCAACAAUAGUGACGUCACUGAUAGUAACGUCACAAAUGAUGACGUCACCAAUGUUGACGUCAUCAGUGGUGACGUCGUCGAUGUAGUCCACAGUCCAUCCAUGAAAAAUGCUGCGGUCAGUGCAGGGUACUCUGAUGGUGCAUCACAGGGUAAUGAUGGCUUCAAGAGGUUACACAGUCCGCUCGUGAAGAAGACCUCUCGGGACGAAGAGAUACAAGUGAAUUUGAGCAGAGAGGGUAUUAGUGGAUUGUUGGGGUACUUGCAACGAGAUCUUGAUAAGCUAAGGACGGCCUUGGAUGAGGAGGGGAUUGCUGGCAAUAAGCCAGAGAAAGAAGAUGCCGCCGUUCAUGGUGAGUAGUUACACAGACAAGCAGAUACAACUUGACCAAAAUAAGGGCUAUGUGAUGAUCUAGCUUUCCAUCUAGGGCUGGCUGUUCAAUGCUAGAUUAACCCUGGGUUAAAAUUUAACCUGCUGUUUUAGUUUAUGUAUUUCUGCACGUCUGUUUAUUUCAAAACUUCAGAGAACUCUUACUGAUCCAGUCAAAAUUUCUACAGAAAUAUUUCCAAAUUUAUAAAUUUGCUUUGAAUUUUAAUUUAACCUAGGGUUAAGCUAAUCGGCUUUCGAACAACCAAAAAUCAUUCUCUCGCAUCUGCUAUUCUAAAGCGCAUUUGAUCAUAGCCACAUGUAAAUUUGCGCUAUAGAAAUGCUAAUUUCUAUGCCAUUCCGAAGUGCCAUUCCGAAGUUGAUGAGAGGACUGGGACGAGUGUUAAAAAGUGCCCAAAUUAAGAAAUGAACCAAAUGACUAAAAAGACCACCUCAAAAUUAGUAAGUAUACAAAGUUUGAAGACGUUUACAUGAAUAUCCUUCGAAUAAUAAGCUUUCGAAAAUCGUGAUAUUUACUAUGAAAUGUAUUGUAAUUUCUUGUUUUGGGGACGCGCGUCCCAAAAACAAUCUUUUAAUCAGUAAUUUCACAAUUUUCGAAAGCUUAUUACUCGAAGGGUAUUCAUGUAAACGUCUUCAAACUUUGUAUACUUACUAAUUUUGACGUGGUCUUUUUAGUGAUUUGGUUCAUUUCUUAAUUUGGGCACUUUUUAACACUCGUCCCCAGUCUACUCAUCAACUUCGGAAUGGCUAAUUGUAAUCGUACUAUAUUAUUUUCGUUCUUUCUAGACCUAAACACUUGUCCUCGUCAAAAUUCAGUCCAGGAAGUUGAGCAGUUAGGAAGGGAGUUAACAGAUCUGGGUCAUCACACGCAUGUCCUUGAAGAAAAACUGCACGAGAGCGAGUCCAUCAGAUGCGACCUACACCGCACUAUCUCUAUAGCAACGGAUAUGGCGACAGAAGAGCGGCAAAAGUGCGACGAGCUGACGCGAACUAAAGCCGCACUUGAGAAGGAAAUGUUAAAACUAGCGAAAGAAAAUCGCGACCUGCGCGAGGGACUUGAGACUUUGUCUCGCGCGAGGAAGCGACGAAACCCGCGCGCACCUCGCGCGAGUCCCUCGAGUGAUACCCACGAAGAUGAUGAAUGUCGCGAAAUGUAUCUACCGCGAGCCAAAGCUCGGAAUUUUUCGGAAAGCGAGUUUUCCGACAUGGAUAGCCCCGUGACUGAGUCAAAGAGCUUUUCUCGUACUGUGUAAUUACUUGUUUAUGAUUAAGCAAGGCGACGUUCUUGACGACACAGACGUGAGGCCAUUGGCAGGAAGACUCGAAAGUUAACGUACCUAGCUAAUUGUAGGUUUCACUAAGCGUUGCGGGACGAUAGUGGUUGAUCUCAGGAAUGCUGACACUUCUAUAGCAGCAAAUGAAUUAGCUUUUCUUUAGCCUGUGCAGCAGCCGGGUUUUUUUUUUGGGGGGGGGGGCCUGAUGAAAACCAGCUGCUACGCAGGCUAGCUUUUCUCACGCUCGGCCAUUGGGGGUACUGCCUCUCCCAAGCAUGUGUGCAAUGGUAAAUUUACAGUUACAACUUUUAGGAAAUUUAAUUGUCUAGAUUCUUUGACGAGGGAAGACAGUACCCCAAAAAUAGUCGAUACUGGACCGUGUUUAUUGGCCACCAAUUCCAACUAAAUGGUAAUUUCCACUCAGGAAAAUUAUCCGUGGAUUGGAACGGACAAGAAAAUUUUUCUUUGUCUUGUCAGCUCUGGGUUGGAACUAAUGACUUUAUUUUCUUGUCCGUUCCAAUCCAGGGAUAAUUUUCCUGAGUGGAAAUUAGCCUUAAGGCCAGGGACAAACGUCGAACUUUUCAUGUGCCGAACCUAAUGUUAAUGAGCUAAGUUCUUUGUUUCACUUCAUUUGCAUAUUAGGUUCGGCACAUGAAAAGUUCGACGUUUGACCCCGGCCUAACUGUGCAGUAAAAACAAUUAUUUUUCUCAUUCUGUUAACGGCAGGUUGACCACCAUCUACUGCAGGAUGGUGCUUAGUGAAACACCUACUCUGGUGAAACACAGCUAUUUCUUAUAUAUGUCAAAUAGAUUGGCGUUUAUAGACGUUAUAGAGUAUUUAUCGUUUAAAGGAUGUUUAUAAAAGGGUGUUUGUAUUGGAAGCCCUUCUGUUUGACGAGACUAUUUAUUUGCGCUUAAAAUGAAUACAGUAACUACAUAGUUCAAUAUUUGUAUGCUUUUGUUGUUUCUGUUUCUGACUGACGGAUCGACCAAUUAAUUAUAAUAUCUGUUGAAGGAUUCGUGGAUGAAAAUUUCGGGUGUGAAUUUUAUGCAUUUAUUAGAGCUAA